CUGUCCCGCGGCCCGGCGCGGGGAGUCUCCGAGAAGUCCACCGCGUCACGCCUCUUCUCCAGCCACUCCUUCCGCUGGUCCGACAGCAUGCUCCGCUGGCAACGCACUGCCUUCCACUUCCAGCCCGAGAAGAACUGGAUGAAUGAUCCUAAUGGGCCGAUGUACUACAAGGGAUGGUAUCACCUGUUCUACCAGUACAACCCGGAGGCGGCGGUGUGGGGGAACAUAUCGUGGGGCCACGCCGUGUCCAAGGACCUGCUCCGGUGGCUCCACCUGCCGCUGGCCAUGGUCCCCGACCGCUGGUACGAUGCCAACGGCGCAUGGACCGGAUCCGCCACCAUCCUCCCCGACGGCCGCCUCGCCAUGCUCUACACCGGCGCCACCACCGAGUGGGUCCAGGUUCAGAACCUCGCCUUCCCGGCCGACCCGUCCGACCCGCUCCUGCUCGCCUGGGUCAAGUCCGAGGCGAACCCCGUGGUCGUCCCGCCGCAGGGAGUCAACGUGAAGGACUUCCGCGACCCCACCACGGCCUGGUACGUGGCCUCUGAGGACGCGUGGCUCGUCGCAAUUGGGUCCAAGAACGACGCGCAGCGGCACGCCGGGAUCGUGCUGGUCUACAAGACGGCGGACUUCCUGCGGUUCGAACUGCUGCCCGACUUGCUGCACGCGGUGGAGGGCACGGGGAUGUGGGAGUGCGUGGACUUCUUCCCAGUGGCGACGGAGGAGGAGACGGGGCUGGACACGUCGGAGCCGGCGGGAGACUUCGUGAAGCACGUGCUUAAGGUCAGCCUGGACGACGACCGGAACGAUUACUACGCCAUCGGCACGUACGACGCCAAGAAGAACCAGUGGGUGCCUGACGACCCGGAGAAGGACGUCGGCAUCGGCCUGCGCUACGACUACGGCAGGUUCUACGCCUCCAAGACGUUCUUCGAUCCGGUGAUGAAGCGCCGAAUCCUGCUGGGUUGGAUCAGCGAGUCCGACAGCGAGCGCGCCGACACCGCCAAGGGCUGGGCUUCCCUCAUGAGCAUCCCCAGAACGGUGCUCUUUGACCAGAAGACGGGCAGCAACCUCCUCCAGUGGCCGGUCUCCGAGGUGGACACUCUGAGGCUCGCCGGAAAAGAGUUUGGCAGCCUCGAACUCGCCGCCGGCUCCGUCAUCCCCUUGGAUGUUGGCUCCACAGCCACCCAGCUGGACAUCGUGGCGGAGUUUGCGGUCAGAGAACCGGCGCUGGCGAAAGCGAACGAAUCCGAGCUCGGCGGGUACAGCUGCAGCAACAGCGGUGGCUCCGCCGCCAGGGGACUGCUCGGGCCGUUCGGUCUGCUCGUGUUGGCCGACCAGGAGCGAUCGGAGCAGACCGCAGUUUACUUCUACCUCGGCAACGGAGCCGACGGCCGCAUGGUCACCCAUUUCUGCCAAGACGAGCUGAGGUCGUCGGAAGCCAGCGACACCGUGAAGAGAGUGGCCGGAAGCAUAGUCCCCGUGCUGGAAGGCGAAACCUUAUCCGUUCGCAUACUGGUGGAUCACUCCAUCGUGGAGAGCUUCGCACAGGGAGGGAGAAGGUGCAUCACGUCGCGGGUGUACCCGACGAGGGUAAUGCAGGGCGUGUCGAGGGUGUUCCUGUUCAACAACGCCACCGGCGGCGGCGUCACCUGCAAGUCGCUCAAGGUGUGGCAGAUGAACUCCGCCUUCAUCAGGCCGUUCGACGACUACGACGAGUCAUCGGCGACGAGAUUCAAAUACAGUUCCAUCUUCUCCUGGUAG